AUGCGCGUCAACUCCUCUCUCUUGGCCUCUACGGCUCUCCUAUCCACUGCCAGUGCAGCCCUCAAGGGAUUCAACUACGGCGCCCAGUUCAACAACGACGCCGCGAAGACGCUCGUUGACUUCCAAUAUGAAUUCAAUGCGGCCAAACAACUUCCUGGAACCGAUGGUUGGACCAGCGCCCGUCUGUACACCAUGAUUCAGCACGGCACCGCAAACACAGUGAUCGAGGCGAUCGAGGCCGCGAUCAACACCAACACCACACUUCUUUUGGGGAUGUGGUGCUCAGCCGGUCAAGACGUAGUCAACAACGAGAUUGCUGCUCUCAAAUCAGCCAUAGCGCAGUACGGCACAGCGUUUACCGAUUUGGUUGUUGGUAUUUCAGUCGGCAGCGAAGACCUCUACCGCGUUACCCCCACGGGAAUCGAGAACAAGUCCGGAGCAGGUGCCCAGCCGAACGAGUUGGUCAACUACAUCCAACAGACCCGCGCUGCCAUUAGCGGUACCGCUCUUCAAGGCACACCAAUCGGCCACGUCGACACAUGGACUGUUUACACCAACUCCAGCAACAAUGCAGUCAUCUCUGCUGUGGACUUCAUUGGAAUGGAUGCGUACCCAUAUUUCCAGACCACUAUGGCCAACAGUGUCGAGGGUUCUACUCAGCUCUUCUUCGAUGCGUAUGAGCAGACCGCCGCUGCUGCUCAAGGCAAGCCUGUUUGGGUUACCGAGACCGGAUGGCCCGUCUCCGGCGAGACUUUGAACCAAGCCGUGCCCAGUGCGGAUAAUGCCCGCAUCUACUGGGAGGAUGUGACCUGCCAACUUGUCAAGGACAACGUCAACCUUUUCUACUACAUCCUGCAAGAUGUUCAGAUGGGCAACCCGGUCCCGUCCUUCGGCAUUAAGCCCGCAGGUGAUCUCCUGCAGGUGCAGCCACUGUUCGACCUGUCCUGCCCUGCGAGUGCCAAAUCUUCCACACAUUCGCUCGUACAUUCAUCAACCUGGGCUAUACAGUCCUGUGGUUGGAAUGCACGGGCUAAUGGACAUGCAAAGACGUCAACGACUGUAAGCCCAUCGGCGACUACCGGCGGGAGUAUGAUUGGGAUAUCGACGAGCACUGUAUCUUUGAGUACGAGUAAGAGGGGGUGUUCUACCGAUGCUGUGAUCGCACCCAACUCGCCGACACCGACUGAAGCAUCUGCGGUUGCUUUGUCACUUGAAGAUCUACCAAUUCCCAGCACCGAUCCUACAGGCCUCCAAGGCGCCUUCGAAGCGCCUCACUUUAUUAUUCCCAUAGACAAGGCGAACCCGAAGAACGUUAUGGGAAAUAGUUACUUGGCUCAGCUGUCCACUACCAUUUCCACUGUUUUCAUCUUCGAUGUUCACCCCGAGCAUCAGGGCAAAACCUGCAGCCUUGCUUUUUACAUGCCGCCACCGUUUCCCUUUACAGACCUCGCACCAGUCAAGAUCCGAUCGCCUGGAGGUAUCAGUGUAUCUCGUCUGGGAAGUCAAACGGCCUUGGCGGACGUUAGUGGUGGCGGUGUUGGCACUCUCAGUACAGUGGGUAGCGUGUCUUCUAUACAGGCUGGCAGUCAGUACAACGUUGUCAGUCUGCCUUGCGAAGCUGGACAGAGGGUUGCGUAUCAAGUCGACUCUUCUGGCGGCUUGUCAAUGGACUUCUUUCAGAUGACUUCACCUCCGCUAGGUCUCUUCAUGUCGGUGCUAGGCUGA